AUGGUACUAACCACGCUCAUGCUGUAUGCUGCCGGCGCAGCCAUACUGCUCAGAUCUAUCUACCUGCUCUACCAAGCUUUAUUCGGCCCAUUGAAAGAUAUACCUGGUCCAUUCUUCGCACGCUUCACUCGGCUUUCCUACCUCCGAAGUCUCUAUAGUGGACAAGCUCAUUGGGAAGAAAUCGCAUUGCAUCGAAAAUAUGCGAAAGAUGGCCAAUUCUAUGCUCCUGUGGUCCGGCUUGGUCCGAAUAUGUUCUCCAUCACACGUCCGGAAAAGGCAGUGUAUGGUAUAGGCUCAAAGAUGCCCAAGUCCAGCUGGUAUGAGGGAUGGAAACACCCAUCACCAGAUCGAUGGACUCUAUUCCCUGAUCGUAAUAUGCAGCGCCACGCAGAGACGCGACGGAAGUUCCAAAGCAUGUAUGCUAUGUCGAGUCUUCUGCACUACGAAUCAUACGUGGAAGCGGCACAAGACAUCUUCAACCAAAGGCUCGUCGAAAUGUGUCAAGACGGGAGAACAGUCAAUAUGCAUCACUGGCUCCAAUGCUACGCUUUCGAUGUCAUUGCCAAUAUCACCUUCAGUCGAAGAUUUGGCUUCCUGGAUGAAGGGAAAGACAUUGAGAACAUGAUGGCAUCGCUUGACGCGAAUCUGAUCUUCUCUUCCCUGGCUGGAGUGUAUUCGUGGGCAUAUCCAUUCCUCUACAAAAUCAUGGAGAAAGUGCCAGGAUCAGGCGCUGCAGCACGGACGUACCUCAUGAAAUUCAAUACGAAAAUGAUAGCAGAAAAGGAAGCUCAACGAGUUGCAGAUAAGGAGGCCGGGAGAAGACAUUAGCCGGAAGAGG